AAAAAAAAAAAAAAAAAAAACUGGGUGAUGUGGAGAAGCAUGUGAGCAGAAGGCCUCACUGAAGGGGUGACAUUUGAGCUCCAUGACAAGGAGGAGCCAGCCAUAGACUAUCUGGGGGCAGAGCAUUCCAGAAGGGAACAGCCACUGACAAGGCCCUGAGGUGGGAACAAGCUUGCUGACUUUGAGGAACAUCAGUGAGGCCAGUGUGUGACAGGUUUGGAGUGUGUGGGAAGUAGAGCCCACACUCUUGCUUUGCCCCCAUUGGGAAGAAGGGCCACAGGGAUCCAACCACAGGGAAGGCUGGAAGCUGGACCACCUCCCUGCUUCGAGGUAAGCGGUGAUGCGCAUCCUUACAUGACCUUACCGAACGUGUCUACCCUUGUGGAGAUGGGAGCGGGGGAGGACCAAAACCGUGCAUUGCGCUACAUGCUCCAGAUGUGGUUCUCAGUGUACACUGCCAGGGAGAAGCCAUUGUUAUUCUCACUUUACACAGCAAACUGAGUUCAGAGAGGGGAGAUCCUUUACCUAAGGUUGUAAGCUUAGUAACAGAUGAACCAGCCUCCAGCCUAGGUCCACCCACUGGCCAGCAUGGGUGCUGUGUGUGUAUCUGCCCACUUGUGAGGCUAUUAGAGCCCUCAUGGCAUCAGGCUCCAGUUGUCCAUCACCCUCUAUAUAAGACACACACAAUAGCACUGUGUGCUAGCAAGUCAUGCGGUGGAGGCUGCUUGUCUCGUGUUUGCUGGGAGGAGAGAUGACUGGGCUAUGGGUAGGGGUCUGCAGGGUGGAGGGGUGGCCGAGUAGAGAUGCACAGGGGUCCCUUGUAUGUCUUGCCUGACACGUGGGGCCUUGCUGAGCCUGGGGGCUCAUUCUGGGUGUAUGGAAGAGGUGUGGUUUGCCUUGAAGGUCCCUGGGCACCUGGACUAGUGGAGGCAGGCUCCUGGCUGGCUCCCUCUCCAGGUAGAUAGUUCAGGCAGGCCCACGUGGAUCACUCCACCCCUUCCCAUGGCUAAGGGCUGCCCCCUCUAAAUAUAGCCCUUUGGGUUGAGCUCAGGCCUAUUUUAGGCCAAGUCUGGGAGGCAGCCAGGCCUUCCCCAGGCUCUCAAAGGAGCCACUGCUGUCUUUGUCCAGUCCUGCUACUGGAUGCCAUCAUCGGCCCCUGACUGCCCACUGCUUGCCAUGCCCGAGGAGACCCAAGAAGACUCCAUGGCGCCAAUGAUGCCCAGCCAGAGGAGCAGCAGGGCACUGGCCCCCAACCACGUGCAGGAGGUGCGCCUGCACCGUGUGGAGUCCAUCAGCGACCUGCACAGCGGAGGCACAUUGCGCCCGUAUCUGACUGAAGAGGCACGGCCAUGGGAUGAGCUGCUGGACGUUUUGCCGCCGUCGCUGUGUGCCCAGGCUGGCUGCAGUCCUGUGUACAGACGAGGGUUCCUGCUGUUGAUCACACUGCUGGUGCUCACCUGCCUGGCACUCGCACUCCUGGCUGUCUACCUGAGCGUGCUGCAGAGUGAAUCCCUACGUAUCCUGGCACACACGCUGCACACGCAGGAGGAGACACUACUCAAACUCCGCUUGGCCAGCCUCAGCCAGCUUCGGAGGCUCAACUCCAGUGAGGCCCAAGCAGCACCCAGCUGAUGCCACUUGGAUCUGGGGCCUGGGGGUGUGUGUUGGGAGGAAUAAAGUGGCUAUGGGCAGGUCUCUCCUUCCUUACUGCUGGCUGCCACAUCUACAUUAUUUCCUUGGUGAGAUUUUUUAUAAGAACCUGAUAUCG